CCGACGUCAGGGACCCGACUGACCUCCCCAAAAAAGUCCCGCGCGGCUCCGUGUGCGCCCCUGCCUCCCUCAUUACCCUCCCCGCACGCUUUUUGUUCUAUCACUCGACUCCAGCUGCUCGCGGUGCUGCUCCACCACCUCCUCCUUCUCCACCUCCUCCUGUUUCUUUGGCGUCAACUUUGAACCACUUUUAUUCUCGUUGGGCUCAAAAAACAAAAGCAACGAUGGAGGCCAUUAAGAAGAAAAUGCAGAUGCUAAAACUGGAUAAGGAGAAUGCCAUGGAUCGGGCUGAGCAAGCCGAGAUGGACAAAAAGGGGGCAGAAGACAAAUGCAAGCAGCUGGAGGAGGAGCUGCUCGGCCUGCAGAAGAAGCUGAAGGGUGUCGAGGACGAGCUGGACAAAUCGUCGGAGUCGCUGAAGGACGCACAGGAGAAGCUGGAGCAGGCCGAGAAGAAGGCCACUGACGCAGAGGCCGAGGUGGCGUCCCUGAACCGGCGUAUCCAGCUGGUGGAGGAGGAGCUGGACCGAGCCCAGGAGCGGCUGGCCACCGCGCUGCAGAAGCUAGAGGAGGCCGAGAAGGCCGCAGACGAGAGCGAGCGAGGCAUGAAGGUCAUAGAAAACAGGGCAACCAAGGAUGAGGAGAAGAUGGAGCUCCAGGAGAUGCAGCUUAAGGAGGCCAAGCACAUCGCUGAGGAGGCCGACCGCAAGUAUGAGGAGGUCGCUCGCAAGCUGGUCAUCCUGGAGGGCGAUCUCGAGCGCUCAGAGGAGCGUGCAGAGGUGGCAGAGGCCCGAAUCCGGCAGCUGGAGGAGGAGCUUAGAGUAAUGGACCAGAAUUUGAAAUCCUUCAUGUCCACCGAGGAAGAGUAUUCACAAAAGGAGGAUAAAUAUGAGGAGGAAAUUAGAGUCCUGACAGAGAAGCUCAAAGAGGCUGAGACGCGUGCUGAGUUUGCAGAAAGAUCCGUCGCCAAACUAGAAAAGACAAUCGAUGAUUUAGAAGAGAAACUCUCCAACGCUAAGGAGGAGAACAUAGGGAUACACCAGGUGCUGGAUCAGACCCUGCAGGAGCUUAACAAUUUAUAGAGUGUCACCUCUCCCAAAGAAAGGGAGGUGGGGAUGUAACCAAGAGCAAAGCUUUAUUACAGGGCCGGUCACACACCGACACGCCAGCAUUGUACAUCACACCUCCAGGAAGGAUGGCUCUUACGGAAAGGGAACUCCAUGUUAGAUCUGUAUGUCUAGUUGAGGGUAGGUGAUAGAUAUGUGUUCUGCGUUUUUGAAUAUGGCUGCAGCAGUCUCAGCGUUUUAACAUAGAUAGCAUUGAAACUUUCGCUCUCGCGACCUUCCCUGUCGUUUUCCCCACAUAGAAAUCACGUCCCCCGACGAAGUCUAACUAAUGAAUUAAUCUUUUGCCUGAAUCGCAUUCAUGUUAUAACAAGCUUCGACGAAUGAAGUCUUUUUAAAAGUUUGUAGCCUGUAUUGAAAAAUCUUCUGUCUUCUGUUAACAAAACGUUUAUUUUCAUGGACUGUUUUAUCUGUGACCUUGAUCUGCGUGGCUGGAGUAUAACAAUGGACUCUUAACUGGUAAUAGGAUACCAUCCUCAGACAGCAGAAUGGAUAAAAUACAGCUGUAUUUGAUUAUUCAGAAUUAUUAAAAGUGCUGUGUUGCCAAGACUUCAGAGCUUGUAAGUUUAGAAAUGUCACCUUGAGAGACGGGCAUAAUGUUUUGUAAUUACGACCAUGAUUUCUCUGGCCGUUUUUUUUUGUACUUAAUUUUUAUGAAAUUAACAUUGAAAGUUAUUGCAUUUGAGAAGAUUGGUGAAUUUUGAUUCUGAGAAAUCUUAUGAAUUCCUUGUGGUCAUCUUUUGGUUGAGAAUAUUUUAAUUUGAUUCUUUUUGCUAAUAUGUACUGUACGUAAUUUUUCCAAAGGCCUGUUUUUGACUGUUGUCUCUUGUCCCUGGGUACCAAUUGGCAGUGUAGGUUUCUGUAACACUGGAAAAAAUGUAUUAUUGACCUGGAAUGUGUUGCAGUUUUAAAUUCAAAGUCUGAAGUUGCUCUUCUCCAAAAUUAAAUUUUCCCUGCAUUUUUAUCCUAUGCAAUUGGCUCUGUAUGUUUCCUGUUUAAGAUUAUUAAAAGACUGAAAAAAA